UGAGUGCCCUGGGAGUUGAAACUCUCACUUCCAACUUGGAGAUGGAGAGCCCAAAUUGGACCACCUCACAGGAAUUUAUCUUCUCUGCUUUCCCUUAUUCCUGGGGAAAGUCUGUCAUCUGCUUUAUCCCACUGCUCUUCAUCUAUGCUUUCAUCGUUGUUGGGAACCUGGUCAUCAUGGCAGUGGUCCAUCUGAACACUCACCUGCACACCCCUAUGUACUUCCUUAUUAGUGCACUUUCUUUCCUGGAGAUCUGGUAUACUACUGCCACCAUCCCAGAAAUGCUCUCCAGCCUGCUUAGUGAAAGGAGGAGCAUUUCCUUAAAUGGUUGUCUCCUGCAGAUGUAUUUCUUCCAUUCCACAGGCAUCAGUGAGGUGUGUCUCCUGACAGCUAUGGCCUUUGAUCGCUACCUGGCCAUCUGCAGUCCUCUACAUUAUCCCACUAUCAUGACCCCCAAGCUAUGUGCCCAGCUGACUUUCAGUUGCUGUGUCUGUGGCUUUGUCACACCCCUGCCUGAGAUCGCUUGGAUCUCCACAUUGCCAUUUUGUGGGUCAAACCGCCUUGAGCACAUCUUCUGUGACUUCCUCCCAGUGCUGCGCCUGGCCUGCACGGACACACAAGCCAUCAUUAUGAUUCAGAUAGUGGACAUUGUCCAUGCAGUGGAGAUUAUCACAGCCGUGAUGCUCACUGUCAUGUCCUACGUUGGCAUUGUGGCUGUGAUCCUACGCAUUCGCUCCGCUGAGGGCCGUCGCAAAGCAUUCUCCACUUGUGUCUCUCACCUCACUGUCUUUUUGCUUUUCUUUGGCAAUGUGGCUCUCAUGUACCUACGCUUCUCUGCCACUUACUCCUUGUUCUGGGACACAGCCAUUGCUCUGGGCUUUACGGUUCUGUCUCCCUUCUUCAACCCCAUUAUCUAUAGCCUGAGGAAUAAAGAGAUAAAAGAAGCUAUAAGAAAGCACCUGGGUCAAGCAAAGAUCAUCUGCCAGUAGACCAGGGAACUCAAGGAAGAGCUCUUAGUUCAGAGUCUACAUAGUUGUUGAGCCCUCUUCAUCCUCAGCAGUCUAUCUUUUCCCAUCAGCAUUUUACUGAAACUGGUCUCCCAC